AUGCUUCCUUCUCACCAUCACCACUGGGCCCCAUCUCCAUCUCCUUCUCCUUCUCCCUCUCCCUCUCCAACGCCACUCAUCAACAAGUCCUCCCUAUCCCCGUCGUCAAAGUCGCCGGCGGUUGACUUCAGCCCCCCGCUAAUAGCAAUGGUCGUGGUAGUCGCCACCGCCUUUCUCGUCGUAACCUAUUCCCGCCUUAUCGCGCGCCACCUCAGACCUCCAGUCCACCGUCUCAUCCGCCGCUUCCGACGCCGCCGAUUCCUCCCCUCCUCCGUUGGCGACCUAGAGUCGCUUCCCUACGAGUCACCGUUGGAUGGCCCACAUGUGUUCUCUCCCUACGGUCUCGACGAGUCGGUGAUCAAAACUAUCCCCUUCGCUCUCUACACCGCUAAAUACGACGCGAGUUUUGAAGAGUCACGCCGUGACUGCGCCGUUUGCUUGUUAGAAUUCGAAGACGACGACUACGUCAGAACGCUCCCCGUUUGUUCCCACACCUUCCACGUCGACUGCAUCGACGCGUGGCUUCGUUCGCACGCUAACUGUCCUCUCUGCCGCGCCGGAGUUCUCUGUGCUGAUUCUCCGUUCACUCCUAUGAUGGCCGCCAGAAUCCGACCCAGUCUCGACGACGAUACCAUUCUCCACCGCAUCAGUAUCGACCCUCUCCUCGAUCCUCCACCGCCACCUUCUAUCUCUGCCGUGUCCGAGAUCACGCCCUGCUUCGACGACCACUCUCCCAGGAGGAACAACGUUAACGCCAAUUCAGAGGAUCGAUUUAACACUAGGGAUUUUCUCCUCAAGCGAUCCUAUUCGUUUGGAUUUGAGCGGAGUCUCGCGUCGGAGAGGAUGGUGAUGGAACCGGCCACGGCUUCGCCGUGGCGGUACCGCAGAGGGAGUAGUAGUUUCUGGAGCAAGAGGCCUUCGCCGUUUGGGUCGUUGGGUAAGCCGAGGGUGUUUUCGUUCAGAUAUUAUCGUGGGAUGAAGUCGCCCUUUUUCCGGCGACGGGGGUUUUUCCCGUUGUCGGAGUCGAGCGUGAGGUACGCCGGCGGUGGAAGCUCGUCGCGGCGGAGCAAGUCGAUAGCAAGUCCGAUGUUUCUGAGGUCGUCGGGGGUGGCGGCGGCAGCUGGGGUGGCGGCGUUCUCGUCGAGUCGGCUGAGGUGUGGCGAUCCGGAGGCGCUUCUGUCGCCGGAGAGGUUUAACAGAAGGUGAAGCAAAGAAGGUCAAAGGGUUGAAAAACAGGAAUGUUUGAUACGAAAAGGGCACGUGGAAGCGCGUGAUUGGAGAAUGAGUGGGGGAAGGGUUGAUCGGAGAUGGGGUGGUGGCGGUGUGGGUCAGGUGAAGGAGGAAUUAAAUGGUGGUGGUCGCAUGCGUUUUAAUUUAAUGAGACUGGUCUGCCAAUUUGUAGAGACUCAUUAAUUGGAUGGUAGGAAGAGCAUUUAUUUGGAGAGAGAGAGAAAUAGAGAUAAGACUCA